UAGAUUCAGCCGUCAAAAUGCAGUCGUCCCUCUUGUUCCUGUUGGUGGUGGCGGCGGCGGCGGCGGAGCUGCUGCAGCCCAACACGCGCUACCACGAGACCGAGGGCAUCCCGCGGUUCCUGGAGGUCCAGCGCCUGGAGGAGGGAUCCGACUUCGACGGCGGCAGGAUCUGGGGCGGGCAGGCCGCUAAUGCCGGAGCCCAUCCUCAUCUGGGAGGACUGCAAAUUCUCCUAACAGAUGGAAGGCAAUCAAUUUGCGGCAGCUCGUUAAUCAGCAACACGCGCUCGGUGACGGCGGCGCACUGCUGGCGCACCAACUCCAUGCAGGCGCGCCAGUUCACCGUCGUGUGGGGCUCCAACCGCCUGACCACCGGCGGCACGCGAGUGGUCACCACCAACGUGGUCGUGCACCCGCAGUACAAUGCUAACACCCUGAACAACGACGUGGCCGUCAUCAGGCACAACCACGUCAACUUCAACAACCAGAUCAACCGCAUCGCCCUCGCCACCGGCUCGAACAGCUUCGCGGGCACCUGGGCUGUGGCUGCCGGUUUCGGCCGCACUGGUGAUGGUUUACUGGCUUCUUCAGGAACAAAGUUCCAAGCCAACCUGUUGGUCAUCACCAACGACGUGUGCAGACAGACCUUCGGCAACACCAUCGUGGCGUCCACGCUGUGCGUGAGCACCGCGCACGGCAGCAGCACCUGCCCCGGCGACUCCGGCGGCCCGCUCGCCGUCGGCUCCGGCAACAACAGGCAACUGAUUGGCAUCACCUCGUUCGGCACCCAGUGGUGCGCUCGCAACUUCCCCGCCGGGUUCGCUCGUGUCACAUCCUUUGCUGCCUGGUUGAGCAGCCAGUGAAUAAUGCAAAUGAAAAACUGAAUCUUGCUUAUAAUAUUAUAAAACAAUAAAUUUCUUAUUGAUGA